AGUUAACCGGCUGUCAACAAAUUCUGAUAAAUUUUAAGCCAGUUUUGCUGCAUUUUAAUUAAAAAUUUCCGUCGAGUACUGACAAAACAUUAAUUUUACUUUCCAUAAUGUCCGAGAUUCAGACACUGGUGGAUAUGGGGUUUUCCAAGGAAAGAGCGGAGAAAGCACUCCAGCUCACCGGAAACAAAGGCGUUGAAGCGGCUAUGGAAUGGCUCUUGGCUCAUGCAGAUGAUGAUAUCCCAUCAACCAUCGAAUCCUCUGCCCAGUCGUCGGUUACAGCUGAAGGUUCCUCAACCACGGAGGCAGGUGGUACCGACGAGUCGGCCACUGUCGCAAAAUCACUCAAAUGUGAUGAGUGUGGUAAGCUGUUUAAAACCCAGGACGAGGUUGAAUUUCAUGCUGCUAAAACUCAGCAUAGUAGCUUUUCGGAAUCAACUGAGGAGAAGAAACCACUAACUGAAGAAGAGAAAAAAGCACAACUUGCAUUGUUGGAGGAGAAAAUGAAACGGAAACGACUUGAGCGAGAGGAAAACGAAAAGAAGGAAGCGCUGGAGCGAGAACGGCUGCGGAUUAAAUCCGGCAAAGACAUGCUGGAGGCACGGCGAAAGAUGGAAGAGCAGGAGAUGAAAAAGGUGAUGGAUCAACGGAGACGCGAAAAGAUGGAGGAAAAAGCGGCAAGGGAACGAGUGAAGGCACAAAUUGAGUCCGAUAAGGCCGCUCGAAGAGCUAAACAAGCAGGAGAGACCAUCAAUUCUCCGCCACCGGCACCGGUGGUAUCCCCAACGCCGGCAGCUUCGACACCGACGGCGCCGAAGAAUUACAGCAAUACACGCAUUCAGAUUCGUAUGUUAGAUGGUAGUGCCCUGGUCGAAACGUUUGACGCCAAGGAGCAGCUGGCUGCUGUGAGACUGUUUGUUCAGCUUAAACUUGGCACUAAUCCUGCACCAUUUGGAUUCAUGACCAACUUUCCGAAGAAGGUGUUCAAUUCAGAAGACUACGAGGUCCCGCUGGACAAAUUGGGACUGGUGCCAUCGGCUGUGCUGAUCGUCACCAAGGCGCCCUGAGUUGGGUGAUGUAAGAUUCGUUUGUCAUGUGGUACUAAACUCGUUCGUAAAAUUAGGGCAAAACACGGAAUUAAAAUAAAAUAUUGAGUAAGUUUGGUUUUGAA